AUGCCAAAGGAAGCUUCCCAACGAAAAUUUAAAACCCAAGACGGCCAUGUCUACGUCCCUGUCAAUAAUCUUGAUAAACAUGCCAUCAAAACCAUCGCUCAAGUCAUCACUCCGGAUCAUCCCGAAGAGAAAGUCAAAGUGACCACGGCUCGUGUGGUCGUGGAUGAAGCCACUGGUGAGCACGUCGUGUUGGUUGGUGGCUACAAGACCAAACCUAAAGAUCGUUCCAAGAGAAUUCUCAAAAAUCCAACCGCUGUGGCUGAGGAAAAUAUCAUUCAUGGCACUCGUCGUCGAAGAAAUGUCAAUUAUAAGGAAUGUACCGAGAAGGAACAAGGAGUGAGUGAAUCUCAUAAUACCUAUGAGGAGAGACAAGUUUCUGCAAAAAAGAAGAAUUCUUCUUCUAAAAAGAGUAAAAAGAAUCAAACGAAGAAGGCAGAACAAGAUGUUGAUCAAGAGAAGGAAAAUAUUAAUCAACAAGAACAACAAACUCUUGAAGAAGAAGAAACCAUUCCAAAGAAGUCUAGACCAAAGAGCAGAAACAAGAAGGUCAAAGAAGAAGAAGUCCCUCAAACCUCUUCAUGGUCCUAUGCAUUGAGUCCUAAAGUUUGUGAAUUAAUUACCAAAUUAGGUGGUGAAAUUCCUUCCGAAGUGAAGAAACAUCGUUAUAGAGACAUGAUCUUGUCGGAUGCCAUCAACUUGUUUGCUUCCAUUAAAUGGAAAAAGGGAAAUCAAUUCAUUGUGGAAGACAAGUCCAAAGUGAAGGACGAAGACAUUUGUGUGGAACAUCAAAUCUUUGUAAUGGAUCAAGAUCAAUACGAACACAUUGAAUGGUUUAAGGAGAAGAAUGAUUUCAUCUUUUUGGGUGAUGGAGAUGCUGCACUGUGUGUGUGUCGAUUGUCAGAGUCGAGUGAAGAUUUCCCCAUUUAUCUCGUUAUGGAAGCUUGUGAUGGUUUACCUGAAGAAGUGUUCAAGUUUUCAUUGUCUGAAUAUUUGAGCAUGUUGCGAGUGAAGGAAGAGAAUUCUCAAGACGACGAUCUCAUGCAAUUGUAA